AUGUUUUUCUUUGUCCAAAGAGCGGAAGGAAAACGUAAUUUUUAUUUUCAUUUCACUUGUUACGACAUGAGCGCGUAUUUGUAAAAGUGACGAUUUUUCUUGUGCAUUGAUUAAUAUUAAUUUGUCUUAGAUUUUGAAAUGGUGUCUGCAACUGUUAUCUACGCGGCUGUGCCUAUCUCGGCGGUGGUAAUGUUAGGUUUGCUGCGUAAAUGGAGAUCGAGGAAUUGGGCUAAAUGUAUAAGUAAUACUUGCUUGAGAGGUAAAACCUUCCUUAUUACGGGAGCGAACAGCGGCAUCGGUCUGGAGACCGCCAAGGCCCUAGUGAAAAGAAAGGCGCGUGUUAUUUUCGCGUGUCGAGACAUCGACAAAGCGAAGAAAGCAGUGGCUCAAAUUAGACAGGAGCAAGUCACUGGCGGUGAAUUGAUUCCAAUGCAACUAGAUUUGGCAUCAUUCGAAUCAAUUGAAAGAUUUGUUGAGGUGGUCAAAGCUGGCUUCUACAAAAUAGAUGUUCUGAUCAACAAUGCCGGAGUAGUGGUGCCCUUAAAGUUGGACCAGAAGACCAAGGAAGGGUUCGAGAUUCACUUAGGAGUGAACCAUUUGGGGCAUAUGUAUUUGACUAAUUUGCUGCUUGAUCUCUUGAAAAAGGCCACGCCUAGCAGAAUAGUGUUUGUCUCCUCCACAUUGCAUGAGAAAGGCAAAUUAGACUUCAAAGAUCUGAACUUACGAUCUGAAAUAGAAGAGGCUAAGAAAGGCAAGACGUCUCGUCAUAACCCUGGCUACUGCAACUCCAAGCUGAUGAAUGUCUACCUCGCUAGAGCUUUGGCAGACAAACUGAGGGAAUCUGGCAUUGAUGUCAACGCUUGCUGCCCUGGUUUUUGCUACACGAACCUAUUCAGAUACUUUGUGAGGUGGUACCACUACAUCCUAAUGGCCCCGUUUGCAUUGCUCUUUAUGAGGUCGGCCAAACAGGGUGCUGAGACAGUGGUGUUCACGGCGACUGACUAUGGUAUCGAGGGUCACACUGGGAAGUUCUAUCGCAACUGUGCCGAGUAUACCCCGGCCUACCCCUUCGAUAAGAGCGAAGAGACCAAGUUGAUUGAAUACAGCGAAGAUAUGAUCAAGGCCCGGAAACCCCUAUAGAUGUAUGCUGUAAAAGGGCGCUGUUUUGUGUAACUUUCGUAGACAGAGAAGUAAAUAGACGAAUAGAAGCAUUCAUUGCAUUGAGGGAAUCUCAAAAAUGAGAAAUACUUAUGUGUAAUCUGUAAAGAAUAACGCAGAUGUCCUAAGGCUAGCUCAGUGAGGACAGAAAUCUAGCAUGGAGCCAAAGGGCAAAAGCAUGCUUGAUCCAGAUAUUCGCAAAGGAACUGCAAUAGGACGGCGUAUCGAUCUUUUAGUAUAUAGAGUUAUUAGCAAGAUGCCGUAAGUUUUUUUCAACACAUAAGUUGUUCUCAUUUUAGGCGAUUUGAUAUUCGGACUUAACGACGGAUCAAACAAUUUUGACAAUUGUCAGUUAUUAUUAGUUUAGUUUCAUGAUUUUAGCUUCAAAUUGUUGCAAAUAAUAACAAUAACAAGUUCUGGUGUCACAAUCGAAUAUCUUUUGACUUGCAACGCCAAUAAAUUGUCUAUUUCUUUCUCUGUCUACGGUAAUUUUUACCAACCGGACCUAAACAAUAUAUUGAUGUCAUUUGACAGUGGUCAUACGAUCAAAUCUGAGAAUGUCUGCACCAAGGGUGGUCAUUUGGUGCUUUUAUGUUAAUUUGGGAAGAAUUGUUUUUUGAGUUUUUUUUGCAAAACAUAGUAAUGUUUUUUUUUAAUUUACAAAGUACAUUAUUAUUUGAUUGAUAUGAUUCGUUUUUGUGAACUAACAUGAUAAGAGUAGCAAUAAUUAUAUGAAAAUUCACAUAUCAAACUGACAAUAUGUUUGCCGCUUGGAGCAAAUUAGGUAACGGAACAAAUAAAUCAAAUUAUGUCGAUUCUAGAAAUAAGGCCAUAUUUGAAGUGUUACGUGUAUUUAUUUACUUUUACUAUACCUAAACAUAAUAUAUUAGGUUAUUAAUAAUAGUGCAAAAAAAAUUAAAAUCUAGUUUCAGAGAUUAUAGGGAGCACACAGACCGGGGAAAUAAUAGUUCUGUGCUAAUGUAGAAACCACUAAAUAUGUUGUUAACAAUCUGGUUUACCGUUUCUGUGUAUUCUGUAACAAAUAUUCAAACAUACAUACUUUCACGUUAAUAUAUUAGUAGGAUGUAAGUGUAAUCAAAUCUUAAUAAAAUCUCUUCUAAACUAUUCGAAUAUCAAUAUAAUAAAUAUUACUUUAAAGAAACUUUCGCUUGACUAGAUCAGGUGUCGGAUACAGCAGGCUUCCUUGAGACGGCGCAUAUGUGAGGAGGUUCCUCACUCUGGAGUCCUGAUCAUCAACAUUAGCAUCCCAUAUUCGGCUCACUGUUUAGCACGAGUCUCCUCUCAGAAUGAGAGGGGUUAGGCUAAUAAUCCACCACGCUGGCCCAAUGCGGAUUGGCAGACUUCCUCACGAUGUUUUCCUUCACUGUUUCAGACACGUGAUAUUUAGUUUUUUAAAAUGCACAUAACUGAAAAGUUGGAAGUGCAUGCCCCGGACCGGAUUCGAACCUGCGCCCUCCAAAUCGAAGGCAGAGGUCAUAUCCACUGGGCUAUCACGGUUCUGGUUUACACAUACUUAUAAGCAUUGUUAAUACUUUAAAAUGAAAAAGUGUGUUAAGUUAAUAAAAAAAAAAUGUCUAAAAUAAUAUUUGCAGCCGUUUUCAAGUUUUGUCGAUAACUGACCGUCUCUUGUGGUUUCAACCAAAAAUAAAUACAUAUUGUAUUGAAUAUCCUCAAUGAUUGAUCUGUCAAGUGCGAAACAUACGAGUAGUUAUCAAUUCUUACAUAAUAGUUAUUAGGAGGUCAUAUCAUUGUGUUCAUUUAUUUUAAGUAGUUAGUGAAUCGCUGCAUAAUCAUAAUUUUGUUUGGCUAACUGGUAUUAUAUAUGUCGGCGCGAGUGAGUCAUUCGAUCGGUAGGCUCGUGUCGUCACAAGCCGAGAUAGUACGAAGUAUUCUGGGAGUCAUGGGCGUAGCGAGGUACGUGCAGGGGGGGGGGGGGGGCAUCAUAGAUGAGCGGUAGGUCUAUGGGGCUUCAUAUCAAAUUUUAAGAUAUUCAAAGUUUUAACUAAUUUUGUUUCUCCGAUACGAAACAAUUACCUUAUGUGGAUGUUUCGGUUUUGGAGGAAACUGAGGCUGAAACUGAAAUUCGGGUUUGGUUUCGGCCGUAAAACUAGUUUCAGUCGGACAUUAUAAAUUUGUAAUGUGAUAGAGACUAGAUAGAAGACUGGCUACGCCCAUGCUAGGGGUGAGUAGAGAAACCGCUCGCUGAGGCGGUCUAGCUCAUUCUUGUCGUGACGUUCGAUCCGUCCACACCUUUUGUUGGAUAAUCUUUCAUGAAUUAUUUUAGGAUGGGUGGGGACUGGGGAGAAUUACUUGAGUGAUGAAAGGGGAGUGGUUUUCAAUUUUAAAAGACGUCUUUAACCUUACAUACAACGGUUACAAGUCCGGGACUUCACUCAAAGUGAUUCUCUGCCACUCGAGAGUUUAUUGGUAACAUUGUUUCCAUUAAUUUAUUCAUUCGUGUUUUACUCCUUAAUUCUGUUUCUGAUGUCGACUCGCUUCCGACAUAUAUAAUAUAUUAUGAAGAUUUAAAAUUCCAAAGAUGUACAUACGGUAAAUUAUUACUAAAUAAAUAUAAUUGGGUAUUUAA